AUGGUGUCCAACGCCGAAUUCUGCUGGGAUAUCGAGUUCCCCGAGUACCCGGCCUCGGAGCCAGACUUGCAUUCAAAGCCGACAUUUGGGGCACCAGAGCAUGAGACCAAGAGUGGUCCGCAGACGGAGCCGGACUCGAACUCAGAGCUGGCGUCAGAGAUAUCAGAGCCGGAGACCGGGAGGUCGGCGCAGAUGGAGCUGGGUCCCAGUGGCUCUGAUGACGCAGAAGACUCCACUUCAGAGUCGAAUUUGGAAUGGGGAACCGAGGCACAGGUUGAUUGGGGCAUCAUGAGCUUUCACUCGCAUAUGAUUGACGACUCUUGGCCCUUCGCGAGGCUCAGCGUCGAUUGCGAAGAUACCGAGGCGACCAGCGGUGACGAUACCAGCAGCGAGGCCACCAGUGAGGAGACGAGCAGUGGCAGCAGCAGUGCGUCGACUACCGACCAAGAGAGCAUCAACCUUGAACACCUCGACAGUCUUGACGAGAUUAUGAACGUUGAAGAAAGCUUCUUCAUUUUGGUGGAUGACGACGAGGACGCCCCCUCCGCUGAUAACGGCAGCUCUCUGCAGAACACCGCAACCAUUUGA